AUUUAUAGAUCCCUAACUAAUAUUUUCCAUCAGGUUUUCCUAAUUUACCUAGUUUUAGAAGAAAUUAUUGAAUUUAAUCGGUGUUUUCUGGGAAAAAUCCAACAAAAUGUAUAUUAGAAAUAUUAUCAAAGGUUGAACUAAUUCGAUUAUUUCGUAAUUAGUUUUCAUUGUGUCGGGAAAAUCGAACAAAUUGGAAGUGAAAAAUUUCUUUUUUGUGGGCUUUAAAAGUCACGAAAAAGAUAGAGUGGCCUUAGUGGUUUGUGCUUGUGCUGGCCGAGGUAAAAAUUGUGUACGUUUAGUUGAUAUUGUUGGUGGCGACGGUGGUGGUGGUGUCGCCCAUCGUCUUCAAUAUCAUCGUUAGAACCGUGAGUCUCUUAGCCCUAUGCCAAAGAGGAGUUUGCAUGCGUUCGUAUGUGUAAGCUUAUGUGAGCGUAUAAAAAAUAGAAAAGGGGCAUCCAAGUGAAGAAAAGAUUAAAUCCCAAUAAGGACUUUGGUGCGGUACAAAAACUCUCAUAGUCAUAGCGAUCGAAAAAAGAAACCACCCCAAUCAAACCAAUAAGUUCCAAAUCAGUGCACAGUUUCGUCAUAUCCACCGCGUUUCAUCAUACUGCAGCCAAAAGCAUGAUUAUACAGGAGCCUGUGCAGGCAGCCAUAUGGCAUUGUCUGAAUCACUAUGAUCACAAGGACGCAGUAUUUUUGGCGGAGCGUUUGUGUUCAGAAGUGGAAACCGACGAGACGAUAUUCAUUUUGGCCACCAGCUAUUAUCGUUCAAACUUGAUACAUCAAACAUAUUGGUUACUUCGUGAAAAAUCUCGCCGUUCGCCACAGUGUCGCUUUCUGCAGGCAAAAUGUGCCUAUCAGCUCAAAAAAUACUCCGAGGCUGAAUGUGCUCUUACCAGCAAUGGUUUUGGCGAUAUGAAGAAUUGCUUCGAUGAUAUUGUCAAAGAUUUUGGAGAGAUAGCAUGUUUCGUUCUGCAGCUGAUAGCCCAGAUAUGCGUGAAAACGGAACGCAAUAAAAUUGCGACAAUCGCUUUAAGGAAGGCCCUCAAAUUGAAUCCCUUCAUGUGGCAAGCUUUUGCAGAUCUGUGCCAGUUGGGCGAGAAUCCAGAUGCGACGAGUGUAUUCCAGAUAUCCAACACUGAUAUAUUCAAUACGUGUCAGGGCAACGUGAACACAAGUUCAAUGAUCCUCUUUGGUGGUGGUGUGGCAAACCCCAGUGAGUGUAGCAAUUUAAAUAACAUAAACUUCGGUACAGCAAACGUGAUUACGGAUGGCGGUUUCAUUAGUCAGUUGUGUAAUAGUUCCAAUUAUAUACUCUCCACACCGGUAGAACAACAGAUCCCGCCACAAGCCAACAACAAUGGUCUGGGAACAUUGCAGAACUUCACAACACCAAAUAACAAUAACAAUAAUAAUAAUAUAAAUAGUUCCAUAUCAAUGCUUAGAGGCAGCACGACGGGCCUAAGUGUUGGCAAUGGCCUUAAUCAGAAUCAACAGAACACCAGCAUGAUGAUGCUGGACGACACACCUGUUGGGUAUACCACAAACACUGAACAAACAGCUGGUUUGAGUGCACAGGGUGAUGUUGGUGGUGCAGGCACGCCAUUCCGCAAACAGUUUCAAUAUCUUUCAGCUAUGUCACCUAUAACACCUAGCUUUGGUGUUAUGCCAAUGAAUAGUCCAUGUGGUGGUGAUUCAUCAUUUUUGGGUAGCCUUGGUGCUGGACACACACAAACAAAUCUCAACAUAACUAAUUCCCCAUUGCCCCAGACUUUAGCAGAAGUGAACCAAGAACAGAAAGUCAUAGUCAAGAAGAUGAAGGGGCACGUCAGUAGUUUGAUUAAUCGCAAAGAACCAACCUCAAAUUCUGGCAGCGGAAGUAAACCUGCCGUUUUUACACAGACUGGCAAUAUAACACCAAGAACUCCAAAUAACCCGGGAAAUGUUACAAGUGGUACAAAUAUUCCUAAUGCCGCAGUGAGGCGUAGUACACGCCUUUUUAGUCACAGUGCGUAUUCCGUCAAGGAAAACAACAAAUCGCCAAAUAUUUCAAAUAAAUUUGUACAGCCUCGUUCGCCUCCACGUAAAACGAAAACGCGCAUGGGUAAAAUUUGCCUUAACAAUGAACUCAUAGAAGAUAAAUCAAAUGCCAAUCAAACAAAUUCCGACAAACUCUCUGAGAAGCCCAUACGCAAGGACAAAGAGAAGGUUGAAACAAUAACAUCGGCGCAGACCGCAAUUAAUCGCACAUCCGAAGAUGCCAAAGUGCAAUUGAAUAACAGUCUAAACAAUGCACAAACCAUGGCCCAUCAUUUGCUCUCGCUGAAGAAACAGUCAGCCGACGGACUAAUGACGCUUCUCAGAGAUCUUGGGGAAGGCUACAAACUGUUGGCGCAUUUUCAAUGUAAAGCUUCAAUUAAGCAUUUAGAGGCUACAAUACCAAAACAUCAUUUCUCAUCCAGUUGGGUGCAGUCAUUGAUUGGCAUGUCCCACUACGAGUUAAGGGAGUACGAGAAUGCAGUGGCGAUAUUUAAAAGAAUCCAUGAGCAAGAACCCUAUCGCUUGGAUUACAUGGAAAUAUAUUCCUCGUCGUUGUGGCAUCUACAAAAGGAAGUUAGUCUAUCUGCCUUGGCCCAGGACUUAAUUAACCAAAACAAAACAUCGCCAAUAACUUGGUGUGUGGCCGGUAAUUGCUUCUCAUUGCACAAAGAACAUGAAACGGCAAUAAAGUUCUUCAAAAGGGCCGUGCAGGUAGAUCCCGAAUUUGUCUACAGCUACACAUUGUUGGGCCACGAAUUGGUUCUUACCGAAGAGUUGGACAAAGCCAUGGAUUAUUUCCGUUCGGCUGUUGUAAGGGAUCCGCGCCACUACAAUGCAUGGUUCGGUAUUGGCACCAUAUACUCGAAGCAAGAGAAAUAUGAAUUGGCUGAGCUGCACUACAUUAAGGCUUUGAAAAUCAAUCCUCAGAAUUCUGUGAUUCUAGUGCAUAUCGGUGCUAUGCAAUACUUUAUGCAAAAGAAGGAGCAGGCUCUGCAAACUCUCAACACAGCAGCCACACUAGACCCCAAGAACCCACUGGCGCGUUUCCAUCGUGGUUCAAUAUACUUCUCAUUGGGCCGUCAUCAGGAGGCGCUCAAAGAACUCGAAGAGCUUAAAGAAAUCGUACCUAAAGAGUCGGUGGUAUUCUAUUUAAUAGGAAAGAUACAUAAAACCUUAGGCAAUGUCGACUCGGCUCUUAUGCACUUUAGCUGGGCCACCGAUUUAGAUCCCAAGGGGGCCAAUAACCAAAUCAAAGAUGCCUUCGAUUCUAUGUCAAAUCCCUGCUGUCCCUCCUCAAUGAAUGAUCCUGGCCUUGAUGCCGAUUUAGAGCCAAUCUCUGAGCGUUCAGACGAAUCUACACAGGCGCAAGAUGUUAAUUACGAUAGCGAUUUUUAAGAGUCGUCGCCCCUGUAAAAUAUAUAUAUGCUGAUAAUGCCACGAGACGGGCACAAGUGGCGACGAAAUCUUGAAGGCGAAGUAGUAAAUUAAAAUGGAAAAUGAAGAAAAACUUGUAAUAUUAUUUCCCAUAAACUUUCGUUCGAUAUUUUGUUGAUCUAUUUUUAUUAUGAUUAAUAUCCAUAUAGUUUUACCCCUUGGCCCAUUCUUCCUAUUCUGUGUAAUUUUUCUUUUUUUUUUCUUUUUGAGAUAUGUAAAACAUUAUUAAUUAUUAAUUAAAUCAAUUUAUAAUUUGUACCAUUAUUUUUGCUAGUUUUAAUCCUCAAUCACACACCAAUCAACGAGCAAAAAAUAAUGCUGCAGUUGGAUGGAUUAAUUAAUUGAAAAUUGUGGUGUGGUUAUCACAGGUAUCAAUGCACACAAAACGAUCACAUAAAAGUUUACUCAUUCUCGGACUUCAUAAUUUGCAUCAAAUAAAAAGACAUCAAUGGAAAUUAUUAUAAAUUUUGUUUGCAUAAAAUACAGUAUGAAAUGAAAUCUGAAGUAGUACUUUAACUUAAAAAAAACAUAACAAAUACUAAAAAUGAAAUAUAAAAAAACACAAAAACCAUCAUUAGUAUAUAAAAAAUGAGUCUUGAUGUUUUAUUUAAUAAAAAUGAUAUGAAAUUUAAA